UUCAAAUACGGGUUUUAUCAAGGGUCUGGUCACGGAAAUUCCUGUUGCAGCAGUCCAAAAUCAAAACAUGUCUAAAACAAUUGAUCCUUUGACACUGAUUCGACAGACUGUGGAAAACAAAGGCCAUGGUGCCAGUCAUGUUUUUGUUGUGUUUGGAGCUUCUGGUGACUUAGCAAAAAAGAAAAUCUACCCAGUAUUAUGGGAGCUAUAUAAAGAUGAACUAUUGCCAACACACACCUACAUUAUAGGGUAUGCAAGAAGUAACUUAACCCUAGACCAGCUUCAAGAACGAUGGGCCCCUUAUCUAAAGGUGUCAGAGAAGGAACAAGGAAAAUACAAGGAGUUUAUCAAGAUCAACAAAUAUUGUUCCGGGCAGUAUGACAAAACGUCCGAUUUUGGACGUCUCGAUAAAAUGAUUGCCGAUAUAGGCAACUGUAACAGACUGUUUUAUCUAGCCCUGCCACCAUCAGUUUAUGAAUCUGUAACCUUGAAUAUAAAAGCUGUAUGUAUGUCUAAAAGUGAUAAAUGGACAAGAGUGAUCAUAGAAAAACCAUUCGGCCGUGACCUUGACACCUCAGAACAUUUGUCCAAUCAUCUGUCAUCAUUGUUCCGUGAGGAGGAAAUCUACAGAAUUGACCACUACCUCGGCAAAGAAAUGGUCCAAAAUCUCAUGGUUUUAAGAUUUGGGAACCGAAUUUUCAGCCCUAUAUGGAAUAGAGAUAGUAUUGCAUCAGUUGUAAUCAGUUUUAAGGAGCCAUUUGGAACACAAGGCAGGGGAGGUUACUUUGAUGACUUUGGUAUAAUCAGAGAUGUAAUGCAGAAUCAUCUGCUACAACUGAUGACCUUGGUUGCCAUGGAGAAACCACCUACUACCGGAGCAGAAGAUAUAAGAAAUGAAAAGGUCAAGGUGUUGAAGAGUGUACCACCAAUCACUAUUGAUAACGUAGUACUAGGACAAUAUGUGGGUAACCCUGACGGGAAAGGUGAUGAGAAGCAAGGGUACCUAGAUGAUCCAACAGUCCCUGCAGGUUCAGUGACGCCAACAUUUGUAACAGCAGCAUUAUUUGUACGCAAUGAGAGAUGGGACGGUGUUCCAUUUAUACUUAGAUGUGGAAAAGCAUUAAAUGAACGCAAGGCAGAGGUGCGUGUACAGUUCAAGGAAGUACCAGGCGAUAUAUUCAGUGAAGGGAAGGUUAAACGUAAUGAACUUGUUAUUCGGGUACAGCCCAAUGAGGCUGUCUACAUGAAGAUGAUGACUAAGAGCCCGGGUAUGAGUUUUGACUGUGAGGAGACCGAGUUAGAUCUCACAUACGGUAGUAGAUAUAAGGGAGUUAAGAUGCCUGAAGCUUAUGAGCGCCUUAUUCUAGAUGUAUUCACCGGAUCUCAAAUCAACUUUGUACGCUCUGACGAGUUAUACCAGGCUUGGAGAAUCUUUACACCACUUUUACACAAGAUUGAAAGCGAGAAGCCGAAACCCAUCCCGUACAAAUAUGGAAG